AUGAUGUUUCCACAAAGGAGUUCGGUAACAUAUCGCACGCCCGCAACGCACCAGCCACCACUGGCCAAGGAACUGGCUGACAAUGUGGACUAUCCCAAUCUCAAUGUGGCUGAUAUGAAUGCCCGCCUGGAGAACCUGACACCACGCCUGCACGACUGCUUUGACAGUAUUUCCAUGAAUGAACUCCAGCAUUUUGCGCUGGCCACAAAUCAUCGCGAGGGUGGUAAGUGGUGGGGCAUGCUCGUUGGGUACAAUCAGACAGAUCACAUGACCGUGGACAAUGCGGACUUCAAGCUGCAGUGUGAAUGUACUGUUAACAUCUUACGGUAUGCUGAUAACAACGUGCUGCUCAUGGCGCUGGGUGACACCCGACUGCAGGCCUGGUCCACUUACUCCACGGUGCGCAAUCCUGAUGCGCCAUACUGUUUGUUUCUCAUUGGCGAAGAUGCAGCACACAAGGCGCCCAUCAAUCAGCUCUGUGUGUUUAAGUCGCAUCCACAGCAAGCGGUUACCACUUGCCUGGAUAAUACGCUCAAUGUCUGGGAUCUCUCUGGAGCCGAUUUGUGCAGCACGUAUCAUGCACGCGCGGCACACACCAACAAAAUAACGGGGUUAGCCACAUCCGUGGCAGCUGCCACACAGAUUCUCACCUGCGACCGCGGCGGUUGUGCACGUCUGUGGGAUGUGCGUGCCACAUCUCCCUCAUCAACGUGUCUCUAUGACGACAAGACGCAUUUGCUUAGCUUCACUUGUGCCGCUUGGGCAUCGCCCAGUGAGCUGCAAGGCGAUAACUACGUCUAUUUGGGCGAUUACGAUGGCAAUGUGCACACGCUUGACAUACGCGCGCCGCGCAAGCUGCAGCAAACCGUGUCCUACUUUAAGGAGGGUCAUGUUUCGCAGCUUCUCGUGAAUGGUACCCAUCUGGCGGCCAUGAGCAAUCUGCCCACUGCAGUGAAGAUUGCCAAAGUAGGACUCCAACAUGAUUUUAUUUACACCAACGAACACACGCACACACGUCUUACGGAUGCAGUCUGGCGUGAUGAUAGCACACUGCUGACCAUUGGACAUGGCCGCAAAUUGGCUACGCACAAGAUAAAGGACACCAGAUGUAUAUAGCUACCUAGUUUUAGAUAUCUAACUAUUUAAUUGUUUUCCAUAUUAUGAAAUAUAUAUAUAUAUAGAUAUA